CCUCGAAAAGCUGAGCAGCUUCAAAGGAACCUAAUGGGGAGAGGUAAAUGUAAAAAUGCUAACAAAUUCCAUCCCCUGUUAUGAAAUACACGAUUGGGGUGGGAGGGACUUGCAUGGUAUGCCUGUUUCUGUGGGAUCUGAUAUAACUGUAAGCUCUUUACAAUGUUCUUUGCAUCCUUGUGGACUGCCUGAUGGAAGCAGCAGCUAAAAGCAAAUCAGAGGGUGAGAGGGUGAGUCUUGCUGGUGAGAAUUAGUAGCAUCAGGAGAGAAAUAUUGCACACCUAACCGACUGAAUUAUGCAUUAUGCUGCAAAAUCCCCAAUGUCAAUACACAAAUGCUAUUCCUGUUGUUUUGCCUGUGAUGAUUGGCAGCAAAGAAAUUCAAAUCACAUCCACACAGCAAUUUCCUGCUGUAACUAAGUCUCUCCUAUCCAGGCAGGUAUGCUUGUGCAGACAAAAUCUAUGCAGUAUAGUAGGUGCUUUAGGAAGAGGUUAAAAAAGGAUGCUGAAAACAUUUUCCUGUGUUCAGCAAUACCAAAUGUUGUCAGGUUAGCGUGUACUCACCCCUUUUGCUUGUGGGCAUUGUAGGUUAGAUGUUACCCCAGACCUUGGGAGGACUGGAUGAAGAAGUCCAUACUGAGGCAUUGAAAGUGAUUUGAGGCACACAUCUCCAUGGAAGGACUUUUCUCUCCCCAAACGAGAUAAGAGAAUGGAAAACAGAGCCAAACUAAGUGUCAUCCCCAAUACAAAGGAGCAGUGGGGUCAGCACUACAUGGCAGACUAAGAGGAUUAUGAAAUUGCAUGUAAUAAAUGCUAUUGCAGCGAUCCCACUGCCAAAGAGCAACCACAUGGCCUGACCAAAAUGAUCCAGCUGCUGCUGAGGGCAGAGCUGCUGAAUGAUUCAGUUGUGCUGGGAGGACAAGGCAGCCCAGAUCUGUCUUCCUGGAAAGCUGCUUUGCAGUAACCUGUGCUUGAAAAGAUAUUGUCUUUGAGGUGACUGUGGUGCUCGUUCCUGUUCAACCAUGUGAAUAAGACGUGCAGAUGGAUAGACAUCCAUUGGGAGCCAGAGCCCCACCUUGAGAGCUCAAAAUGCGGAGGCAAGCCCAAGGGAGUGCAGGCUGCCUACUUAGGGUUAGAAAAGCCACCCUGCCCAAUCCUCAGUUUCCCCACUGAUGCAAGAGCAAGGCCAAUGUUUUCCCCAAAAGAGUGUUUGUGAAGUCCUCUGAAGAAGGGCGCUCUCAUAAAUGCCACGCUAUUUUUAUUAUUGGGGUCAGGGAGGAGAACAUGCAUAAAGGUGAUGAAGCUUUUGAAACACAGGUUCCCAUUAAUAGUCUUUAGGAGUUCUUAUUAUAAUCUAAUUUGACUGGAAUUGGAUUACUCUUAUAAUGCUAUAAUGUCAUUUCCAUGGUCUUUUUGUAUUUUUAUUGUUACUAUGCACUAAUGCAAUAUCCUGCCAGAGCUCUGAGAAGAGGAUGUGAGUUUAGUGAAUUGUUGAUAACAUUUUUGCAGGGCAUUUUUAUUGCUCCUGUUGGGCUCAUACACUGUAAAGUCACACAGUGCCUGGAAAUAGCAGGAACAUCCCCAAAGUCAUCUUGAAUUAUCUUGUAACAGGGGCCACUGGUGAAAGCAAUGUAUUCAGAGCCAAGACACCAGGGGUCUGCUCCCAGCUGGUCCCUGACCUGUGCCGGGAGCUCACCUGAAUCAUGCCACUGUUUUUCUCCCCCUCUUCAGCUGGAAGUGGAAAUAAUUUGCCCAUAUAGGAAUGUAGUAGGUCUGUGGUCUAUAUCCCUGACCAUCUAAAAAAGUUUCCUUGUAUCAUCAAGCUUUAAUGCUUCCUUUUCAUUGAGUUUAUCCUGGAAAAAAAAAUGCUUUUUUCCUGCCUGUGUCCUGUAUUUCUUAAUUUGCCUUUUAUUUUUCUUCUGCUAUUAUUUGUUUCUCUAUUUAUGCAUCUUUUGAAGCACUGUCUUUAUCCUGCACCUAUUUAAAGAUGCUGAAAGUUUUUAUUUCAAAGUAGCCCCAUGGUGCUUGCUCUGAACAUUCAUGGGCCUGUCCAUGAGGACUUGGAAAGGAGGCUGCAUGUGAACAUAAAGCAAGCUGCGCAAUAUUCCAGUGGAUGACGUUUCAGUCCUCAAAUCAUCUAAGAGAAAAGGCAUGGCCUUGGCCCAGCGGCAAGUGGCGGUGCAGGAAGGGCCCCUUUACCGCACGGAGGGUUCCCACAUCACGUUGUGGUGCAAGGUGAGCGGCUACCAGGGCCCGUCGGAGCAGAACUUCCAGUGGUCCAUCUACCUGCCCUCAGCCCCUGAGCGGGAGGUGCAGAUCGUCAGCACCGUCGACCCAUCCUUCCCCUACGCCAUCUACACCCAACGCGUGCGCAGCCGUGGGAUCUACGUGGAGCGGGUGCAGGGGGACGCUGUCCUGCUGCACAUCACCGACCUGCAGGACCGGGAUGCUGGCGAGUACGAGUGCCACACACCCAACACUGACGAGAGGUACUUUGGGAGUUACAGCGCCAAGAUGAACCUUGUGGUGAUUCCCGACUCACUGCGAGUCACAGCGGUCCCACAGACGCUGAACAAAGUGGAGCACGACUCCCUGGAGCUGAAGUGUGAGGUGUCUAAGAGCACAGCCCAGCACAGCCAUGUCUCCAUUGCCUGGUACCGGCAGCGGGGCAGCGAGGUGCCUGUUGAGGUCAUCUCCCUCAGCCGUGACUUUGUCCUGCGGGCUGGCAGUGCCUAUGCCCAGCGGCAUGCUACAGGGGACAUUCGCUUGGACAAAGUUGGGGAGACCACCUCAAAGCUCACUAUCUACAACCUCCAUCCUUCGGAUCAGGGCGAGUUUUACUGCGAGGCAGCAGAGUGGAUCCAGGACCCUGACAAGGCUUGGUAUGCCAUGACCCGCAAGCGUUCCCAGGGUGCCAUCGUCACUGUGCAAGCCACCGAUAAGGAGUUCAGUGUCCGGCUGGAAACAGAGAAGCGGACAUACAUUGUGGGUGAGCCGGUGGAGUUUCGGUGCAUCCUGGAGGCUCAGAAUGUCCCUGACCGCUACUUCUCCAUCUCCUGGGCUUUCAACAGCUCCCUCAUUGCCAGCCUGGGACCCAACGCUGUGCCGGUGCUCAACAAUGAGUUUGCCCAGCGCGAGGCCCUGGGCCAGCUCAAGGUAGCCAAAGAAAGUGACAGUGUUUUUGUGCUGAAGAUCUACCGCCUCCGCCUUGAGGACAGUGGCAAGUACAACUGCCGGGUCACCGAGCGGGAGAAGACUGUCACGGGGGAUUUCAUUGACAAGGAGAGCAAGCGGCCAAAGAACAUCCCCAUCACUGUCCUGCCGCUCAAGACCAGCAUCUCCUUGGAGAUUAUCAACAACGCCAGCAAUGUCUUGGAGGGGGAGAGCCUGCGCUUUGGCUGCAAUGUGCGCUCGGGCUUUGGGCCCCAAAGCCGCCUGUCUGUUGCCUGGCACCUGGUGGACAAGCUGAACCGGCGCAGUGAAAUUGUGCGUCUGGAUCGGGAGGGCACGCUGCAGCCAGGCCCCUUGUACACCGAGCGCAGCAGCUAUGGGGGCAUCCAAGUGGAGCAGGUCCGGCCUGGCUCCUUCACCCUGGAGAUCUUCAACAGCGUCAAGGCAGACGAGGGCCACUAUGAGUGCCGGGUGGCGGAGUGGACACGGACACUGGAUGGGGAGUGGCAGAUGGUUGGGGAGCGGCACACAGGCACCCCGGUGUCCAUCACUGCUCUGGAGGCUGGCUUUGCUGUCACAGCCAUCUCCCGCACCCCUGGUGUGACCUACAAUGAGUCUUUCGACCUCCAGUGCAUCAUCAAGCCCCACUACCCGUCGUGGGUACCAGUGUCGGUGAUGUGGCGUUUCCAGCCUGCAGGCAGCACCGAGUUUCAUGACCUGGUCACCUUCACGCGUGACGGCGGGGUCCAGUGGGGUGAUGGGUCCAUUGGUUUCCGGACCCGCACUGCCAUUGAGAAGGCCGAGUCCAGCAACAACGUGCGCUUGAGCAUCAGCAGGGCGAGCGACACAGAAGCCGGCAAGUACCAGUGUGUGGCUGAGCUCUGGAGGAAGAACUACAACAGCAGCUGGACGCGGCUGGCGGACAGAACCUCCAACCUGCUGGAAAUCAGAGUCCUACGGCCAGUGACCAAGCUGCAGGUGAGCAAGUCAAAGCGGAGCAUCACUCUGGUGGAGAACCAUCCCAUCCCACUCAACUGCUCAGUGAAGUCCCAGACCAGCCCUGACUCGCACUUUGCUGUGCUGUGGUAUGUCCACAAGCCCUCUGAUGCCGAUGGCAAGCUCAUCCUGAAGACCACCCAUAGCUCAACUUUUGAGUAUGGCACCUAUGCAGAGGAGGAGGGGCUGCGGGGCCGGCUGCAGUUUGAGCGCUCGGCGUCAGGAGGGCUCUUCAGCCUGACAGUGCAGCGGGCAGAGGUCCGAGACAGUGGCAGCUACUACUGCCACGUGGAGGAGUGGCUGCUCAGCCCCAACCACGCCUGGUACAAGCUGGCAGAGGAGGUGUCGGGGCGCACAGAGGUCACCGUCAAGCAGCCAGAUAACCGCCUGCAGGUGAACCAGACCCACGGGAACAUCACGGUGCUGGAGAACCAGUGGGUGACCCUGGAGUGCAUGGUCAGCAACAGGACCAGCCCCUCAUCCCAGCUCUCAGUGGAGUGGUACGUGUGGCGGCCAGGCCACCCGGAGAAGGAGGUGGUGGCCCGGCUGAGCCAGCAGAGCAUCGUGCGCUACGGGGACCUGGCGGCGCUGGGCAACCUGCGGAGCCGGCUGCACCUGGAGAGCCCAUCCCCAGGUCUCUACCUCCUCUCCAUCCAAAAUGCCACCGUGCAGGACAGUGGAGCCUAUGACUGCCGCGUGGAGGAGUGGCUCCUCGACCCCAGCGACCACUGGUACAAGCGGGCAGAGGACCUCUCUGGACUCAUCACUCUCACUGUCAAGCAGCCAGAUCCCACCUUGCAGGUGGAAACAGCUACCGCUAACCUCACGGUGCAGGAGAAGGAGUCCUUCCCACUGGACUGCAGUAUCCUAUCCCGCUCCAGUCCAGAGUCCCAUUUCGCAGUGACAUGGUACAACAUGCAGGCUAAAGAGGCCAGUGGCCAGACGGAGGAGGACGAGGAGCAGGAGAGGGAAGCAGUGCUGACCGUGGGCCCCGAUGCCAUCUUCAGCACUGAGGCCAGUCGUUGGGAGGGGCGCCUGCGCUUCCAGAGGCUCUCAGCGGUUCUUUUCCGGCUGACAGUGCUGCAAGCCAGUGGAGCCGACACGGGGAACUACUCGUGCCAUGUGGAGGAAUGGCUGGCGGACCCCAGCGGCGUGUGGUACCGGCUGGCAGAGGAGGAGUCAAGCACGGUUGCUGUUCACGUGCAGGAUGCAGGCUCCAGCUUGCAGUCUGUCAUCUGCUCCAACGAUGCCCUCUUCUACUUUGUGUUCUUCUACCCCUUCCCCAUCUUUGGCAUCUUGAUCAUCACCAUCCUCCUGGUGCGGUUCAAAAGCCGGAACUCUAGCAAGAACUCUGAGGGCAAGAACGGGGUCCCCUUGCUGUGGAUCAAAGAGCCUCACCUCAACUACUCUCCUACCUGCCUAGAGCCACCAGUCCUCAGUAUCCACCCAGGAACCAUGGAUUAAACAGGCAGAGGCACCCAGGGGGACAAGCAAAGAGAGAAGCAGAGACACACCGGGAGCCUUGAGGAAGAGUGGGUUUUGUUGUUCUUGUUUCAUUUGUUUCAGUGUCUGUGCUCUGACAUGGCGGCUGAGCUCUGUGGAGCACCCAGCCAGCAGGGACGGAAAGG